AUGGACGUGGUUGAAAAAUUUCUUUCUCUUCGCCGUGAAGGUCGUGGCGAAGAAGCGUAUAAGAUGCUUGCGCCUGGCGCAGCGAUGGGCUGCCCAUGGGGAGGAAUGCACCACGGGGAGACUGUGCAGGAAUUACUAAGAGACGAAACCCGGUUUGUUAAGAGAGGGUAUCUUGACCACGUGCCCAUUGAGAAAAUUGACGAGAACACUUUUCAAAGGAAGUUCAAGUGGGAUCGUGGAAUGUCUGAGUAUGGUAAUAGUGGUUUUAAGGGCGUAGGCAUUCUACCCGUUUGGCGUGAGAUAUACUUUGUUGAUAAUGGAAGCAUCCGCCUGGUUACAGCCAACAAACAACUUAAGAAUCGGUCAUUGUGGCACGUGCUUGGGGUUUCAUGA